AUGACGACGAAUGGCACCAACUCUUACGGGCGGAGGCUCCUCCCCCACGUUGUGGACGAGCUUCGUGACUCAAACCCGACCAGAGUUUACACUUCGUACCCAAAGACAGCAGACGUCAGGGAUGGCUUCUUGGACUUUACAAUGGCAGACUUUGGUCGUUGUAUCGAUUACAUGGCCGCAUGGAUCGAGAAUAAGUUUGGCAAGAGCGAUAGCUUUGAGACAAUCACUUAUAUAGGACUCUCGGAGCUUCGCGGUCCCGUCACUUUCUUGGCGGCCGUGAAAGCAGGACUCACUAAUACAUUUCAGAUGCUCAUUCCUUCUCCUCGCAACUCUGCAGUGGUCAAUCAAUCGUUGAUGGAACAGACUGGCAGCACAAAGGUCCUGUUUGCUCAAGAACUCGCUCCCUUGAUCAAACCACUGCAAGAUUUGGCUCCUUCGAUUCGCACCGAGACACUGCCCUCUCUUCAAGAGAUGCUAGAUAGUGAUCCACCGCGCUAUCUAUUCUCCAAGAGUUUUGACGAUGCUAGAAAUGACCCGAUCGCCGUUUUGCAUUCGUCUGGUUCAACUGCAGGUAUGCCCAAGCCAAUUACCAUGACCCAUGGAAGCUUUGCUGCAGUAGAUUACGAGCACAAUGUUCCAGCUCCGCCUGGGCGAAAGAAGAGGGAUACCACAUUUUUCGCCUUUGAAGAGGAAACGCGCAUGUUCUUGAUCUUGCCCUUCUUCCACGUGAGUUCAUUCCUGUUCACUUCGUCUUGGUUCUUAAAUGUCACAUUCGUACUGGGCCCACCACACAUUGCUCCCGAUGUUGCCAUGCUCAAGGAGAUGGCCCGGCAGCAAGAGCUCAAAGGUGUCAUGGUUGUUCCCGCCUUGCUGCAAGCAAUUCUCCAUGAUCCUGAUGGCAUGGACUUCUUGAGAAGUCUCAAGUUUGCCGCCGUUGCUGGUGCGCCUGCUGCAGAAGCUGUUGGAGACAAAGCCAGCACUGCCGUCGAGCUUUUCAACUGGAUUGGCUCAACGGAGACUUUCCCUCUGCCCGAGCUCCACAAGCCUCGUGAGGACUGGAUGUAUCAUGAACUCGCAAUGAAACAUGAGAUGCAGUUGUAUGAUUCUCACGAGGGCACAUAUGAGCUAGUCAUCCUGGCAGAUGAGACCAACAAGGACAUGUGCCCUCUGUACCAUAAUUUGCCAGGCGUCAGUCCCUACCAUACCAAGGAUCUUUUUGUCAAGCACCCCACAAAACCAAAUUUGUACAAGUACUUUGGACGCAGGGACGACAUUAUCGUCUUGGCCAACGGCGAAAAGGUCAACCCUAUACCUCUGGAGCAAUAUAUUCAAGGCCAUCCCUCGGUCCUGGGCGCAUUGCUUGUGGGCAACGAGAGGAAUCAGACCGCUCUUCUUGUGGAACCAAAGGAAUCCUUGGAAAAAAGUGCGACAGAGAGCUUCUUACAAACACUCCGACCCCGGAUCGAGGAAGCCAACGCGCGAAUCCCCGGACCGGGUCGUGUCGCUCCAGGGAAGGUUAUCUGCGCCACAUCCGAAAAGCCUUUCGCAAGAACUGCAAAGAACACUAUCGUGCGCAAAGUCACGGAGCGCUCCUAUGAGAGCGAAAUCGAGGCUGCAUACUCGGCUACGCCCCCACAGCCACAGAUGGUCAAUGUCAGCCUAGAGUCGACGGUCAAGACGGUCUACGAGCCAGCCAAGCUACUGAAUUUCCUUCGAUUGAUCCUUGCUCCAUCCUUCCCGCCGGCAUCAACUAUUGGGGAAGAUGAGGAUUUCUUUGCGUAUGGCCUCGACUCGGUGCAGACUCUGGAAAUUACCGCGAGCCUCAAGCGCAACUUACAAGCACAAACCUCAACGUCGUUUGCAUGGUUAUCACCGCGUGUCAUAUUCCGCAACGCAUCGCUGACUGAUCUGUCCAAAGUGCUCGUGGCGUUCCUCAAUGACAAUGUUUUGCCUUUGGAAGAUGCACAAGCCCAAAAGAUACUCGAUAUUGACAAUGCAGUGGCACGACACACGAGUGGACUGCCGAGCAGGCUGGCGAAACAAUCCAAUUCUGGAAAGAUCUCGACAGUCGCUAUCAUUGGUUCAACCGGCUAUUUGGGGUCUUACACAGUUGCGGCUCUGCUGAAAGACGUUGAUAUUGCCAAGGUCUACUGUUUGAAUCGCAGUGUCAAUGCAAAGGAGAAACAGAACGCCGCCCUGGUUGCUCUCGACGGCGCCUUGGAGCCGUUUUUGAACAAGCUCACCUACCUGAAGGUUGAACUCGGCAAGCCACUCCUCGGGCUCAGUCAAGACCAAUAUGACCUCGUUGCGAAUGAAGUAGAUGCGAUCGUCUAUAACUCUUGGAGGCUUGAUUUUGGCAUUGCGAUUCGAUCAUUCGAGCCCUUUUUGCGGGCAGCCCGAGACCUCGUCGACUUGUCCAUUUCGAGCAAAGGCAAGCUCAGAAUCAUCUUCAUCAGCUCGUUAUCAUCCGUCGAGAAUCUCGCCAACGAGACCUUCAUUCCCGAAGCGCCUGUUGAAGACGCCCGGGCUGCUUUGAACACGGGCUACGCUCAAUCCAAAUUGGCAGCCGAGCGCAUACUUAUCACGGCCAACCGGCAAACUGGAGUACCAGUCUCCAUCGUUCGUGUUGGGCAGGUCGGUGGCCCGAGCAAAGCCUCCACGGGUGUUUGGGCUGAUCAGCAGUGGAUAUCUGCCAUCGUACGCUCUGCCAAGAAUCUGGGCAGCUUCCCGGGCACGGUAGUUCCGAUUGACUGGAUUCCCGUAGAUACUGUUGCUGCCAUGCUGCGAGGAUUCAUGAUUGCGGAUGGCCAAGCCGACGUCCAAGUGUUCAAUGUCUGCUCUGAUAAACCCCAGCCUUGGAGCCUGCUUGUAGAUAUCGUGCGAGAGACGUUUGGAAUCACUCAGAUUGUCCCUCUGAGAGAUUGGGUUAGCCAGCUUGAGAGCAUCGACUCUCCGAGCUCUGAAGAUGCGAGUAGAUUGCCUGCGCUCAAGAUGCUCGACUGGUAUAGGACACUAGGUGACGGUACCGACACCAUCAACAUAGCAACGAGUCGCGCCAGGGAGAUUUCCAAGGUCGAGAUCCCUGCUAUCGACAAGGAAGUGUUGACCUCCUGGUUAAAAGGCUGGAAUCUAUAA